GAAUCAGGUGACCCUGGACACAGGGCUGUUUUGUUGUUGCUGUUGUUUGUUUUACUUUUUUGUUUGGGGGAUUUUUUUUUUUUGCUCUUUCCUCGCUCAGCGCUCAGAGUCCGGGAUCAACCCCUGGGGCUCUUCGGAAAAGCCAGCAGCCAGUUUAAUCUCUCCGGGCUGAGGCGUUGCGGCUUUGGGGUGACGAGCCCGCUGAGCGUGAGGGCUGGACUCACUGGGUGAGGCCUCCAGGUCUUGGAAGCCUCCCGGGCUACACUCCUGCCUGGAGUUCAGACCAAGCGAACUUCAAGUUCUCCACGAGAGUUCGCCAAAGUGAAAGGUGGGGAGUCGCGGGAGAGGCGGCCAUCGUCGGAGCUCUGUGGGUCCCCCUAAGUGCCCCUGUGCAUCUUCUGCCUUGGCGUUGUCCGGCCCCUUCCCGAGCCUGGAGGCUGACAGUUGGAAAAGGGGGCUUCUGUGAGUUGGUUAAGUCCCGUUUGGAGAGACUGAAGACCGCGAUGAAACCGGAGCAGUAAGGGGCCUGGCCAACCUUCGCCGGCCCACCCUGGGCUACCGGGGCCCUUGAACCCGCCCUUCCUGAUUCGCCUUUGGGCGCGCUCGAGGCAGUCUGCACUCCAGAUCUGAAGGUGCCGCAGGACAAGCCAUGAAUAGCAUGGGUGCGCUGGGUGGCGCGAGGCUGCGGUGGGCGCUGCUGGGGACGCGAGUGCCCUUCCCUGUUCUGGGCUCACAGGGGGCCAGAGCCAAGGCCGCGAUCCCCACCGCACUCCCGGCGGCCCAGACAGCGGAGGCUCCCGGAACCGGGCCUGGCGAUCGGAGGCUGCGGAGCUUGAAGGAGCUUUCCGGGCCAGGGCGGCUGCGCCUCUUAUUCCAACUGUUAGCACAAGGCUACGUUCUGCACUUACACCAGCUCCAGGUGCUGAACAAGGCCAAGUAUGGUCCAAUGUGGAUAAACUAUAUAGGGCCUCAGAUCCAUGUGAACGUGGCCAGUGCCCCACUCCUGGAGCAAGUGAUGCGCCAAGAGGGCAAGUACCCAGUACGGAACGACAUGGACCUGUGGAAGGAGCACCGGGACCUACAGGGCCUGACCUAUGGGCCCUUCACCACGGAAGGAGAGUCAUGGUACCGGCUGCGCCAGGCUCUGAACCAGCGGAUGCUGAAGCCAGCUGACGCUGCGCUCUACACCAAUGCUCUGAAUGAGGUGGUCGAUGACUUCAUGGUGCGACUGAACCAGCUUCGGGCAGAAAGCACCUUGGGGGACCACGUGCCCGACAUAGCCCACCAAUUCUACUUCUUCGCCUUGGAAGCUAUUUGCUACAUCCUGUUUGAGAAACGCAUUGGCUGCCUGGAGCGCUCCAUCCCCCAGGACACCAAAGCCUUCGUCAGAUCUGUCGGGUUCAUGUUCCAGAACUCACUCUACGCCACCUUCCUCCCCAAGUGGACGCGUCCCCUGCUGCCCUACUGGAGGCGAUACCUGGAUGGCUGGAAUACCAUCUUCUCUUUUGGGAAGAAGCUGAUUGAUCAGAAACUGGAGGAGAUAGAGGCCCAACUGCAGGCGGGGGGCCCAGAGGAGCCCCGGAUAUCUGGUUACCUGCACUUCCUGCUGACCAGCGGACAGCUCAGUCCUCGUGAGGCUGAGGGCAGCUUGCCGGAGCUGCUCAUGGCUGGAGUAGACACGACAUCCAACACGCUGACAUGGGCCCUGUACCAUCUUUCAAAGAACCCAGAGAUCCAGGCAGCCUUGCAUGAGGAGGUGGUGGGCAUGGUGCCCGCUGGGCGGGUGCCGCAGUACAAGGACUUGGCCCACAUGCCUCUGCUCAAAGCUGUGCUUAAGGAGACCCUGCGCCUCUACCCUGUGGUGCCUGUGAACUCCAGGGUCAUCACAGACAAGGAAAUCGAAGUUGGUGGCUUCCUCUUUCCCAAGAACACACAGUUUGUCUUGUGCCAUUAUGUGGUGUCCCGGGACCCCAGCAUCUUCCCUGAGCCUGACCGCUUCCAGCCCCAGCGCUGGCUGAGGAAGAACCAGACGGAUGCUCUCAAGGGCCAGCACCCAUUUGGCUCCGUGCCCUUUGGCUACGGGGUCCGGGGUUGCCUGGGCCGCAGGAUUGCAGAGCUGGAGAUGCAGCUGCUGCUGACAAGGCUGAUCCAGCAGUAUGAGGUGACUCUGGCCCCUGAGACGGGGGAAGUGACGAGUGUGGCUCGCAUCGUUCUGGUUCCCAAUAAGAAGGUGGGCCUGCGUUUCCUGCAGAGACAGGGAUGAGCUGGACCUCUGCCCUCCUGGGGCAGCCUCCUCUCCUCCCUUGCUCCCUGGCACACGAGGCGGGAGAAAAAGGAGCUGCCAGGUGACAGAGGUUGGAGAUGCUCCGUGCCUCCCUGUAGAACCCUGAGCUUUUGCUGCUUUUAUUAUUUUGAGCAUCUCCCUCUCAGAUAAAAGGCCGCCUCCAUGUCACACUGCUAACCUUGGGGACUAUAUGCAAUAAAAGGGUUUUUACUGAUAA